AUGUCAUGGGGUGAUCAAGUCGAUGAAGCAGACAAAUUGGGUGAAUUUAACAGAAAGCCUGCAUUGCCUGCCGCUCCGAGAGCAGCUUUGGAAAUAGAUGAAAGUAAAAUUCCUAAAAGUCCCCCUUAUGUGGCAUUCGUGUCAAACUUGGCUUAUGAGCUGCAAGAUGCAGAUAUUUUAAAUGCAUUUGAGGGCCUUAAUGUUACCAAUGUGCGUCUUCCAAGAGAUGAUAGAAGUGGAAAACUUAAGGGCUUUGGAUACGUAGAAUUUGGUGACAGAGAUUCAUUUAUUUCAGCUUUACUGAAAUAUGAAGCUACCAUCAAAGGAAGGCGAAUUAAAAUUGAUUUGGCUGAAGGUGAAGGAGAAAGACGACGUGGAGGCCCUAGAGAUACCCGUGAUCGUGAUUCUAAUUAUGAUUCUGAAAGAACCUCAGGAGAUUGGAGAUCAGGGCCUAGGUCAGAAUUUUCCAGUAACGAUGAUAGAUAUGGGUCUGGACGAAAAGAUUAUGGUGGUUUUAGGGACAGAGACAAUUAUGACAGAGAUAAGGGUGGAGACUCUAAUUGGAGAGACAAUGAUAGAAGAUACAAUUCGGACCGUGAGAGCAGAGGAUAUGGAAAUCGUCGAAAUUACGACGACAGCGAGUACUCAAAACCCAAAACACGUACAAAAUUAAUAUUAAAACCUAGGACAGUGCCAAUAGAGGAAAAUGUCUCUAAAGAAGAUCCAGCCCCAAAAGCAGAAGAACCAUCAGAGCAAGAAAAACCACCGGCACCCAACAUUUUUGGUCAAGCUAAACCGGUGGAUACGUCGGCGAGGGAACGUGAAAUUGAGCAAAGACUUGAAAGGGAAAGAGAAGAAGCUAAAAGUGAAAUAGAUCAGGAUAAACAAAAACUAAAAAGUAAUGAAGCUGAGUCUAACAGUGAAUCAAGUCGUCCUGUACCGCCUGACUCAAAAGAAAAUGUUUGGGUUAAAAAAUCACAGAGACUGGAUACUCCAAAUGUUACCUCAAGAGAUUCUAGUUGCAAUAAAACGAAUGAUUCAGACGAACGUGAAAAAGAAUCAUCAGAGAAAAAAGAAAACGAAGAGGAAGAUGAUUCAUCACGAUUGGAAAACACGAAAAAAAAUGAAGAUCUUGAAAGCGAUCGCGAUCGUGAAAAUGAUUCGCGAUACACUCGUUCAUUCAAAACCGAAAAUCGUUACAAUGAAAGAAGUAGAGAUGGAGAUAAAUCCUACGGUGGUGGUCGGGAUGAUAGAUGGAGAGAUGAUAGGGAUAGAAGAGACACGAGAGACAGAAGAGACGUAGAUCGUCGUGACAGAGGCUACGAUUUCGAUAGACGAAGCGGAGCCGGUUCUGGAAGACCGCGUGACAGAGAUGGCGACUCGAGACGCUAUGACAGAGAUGGAGAUUCAAGACGUUAUGAUAGGGAUGGAGACUCGAGGCGAUACGAUAGGGAUGGAGAUUCCAGGCGGUACGACAGGGAUGGAGAUUCCAGGCGGUACGAUAGAGAUGGUGAUUCGAGACGUUACGAUAGAGACGGUGAUUCAAGACGGUACGAUAGAGACGGUGACUCUCGACGGUACGAUAGAGACGGUGAUUCGAGACGAUACGAUAGAGACGGAGAUUCCAGGCGGUACGACAGAGAUGGAGAUUCUAGGCGGUACGACAGAGACAAUGAUUCUAGGAGGUACGACAGAGAUGGAGAUUCUAGACGGUACGACCGAGAUGGAGAUUCGAAACGUUACGAUAGAGAUGGUGAUUCGAAGCGUUACGAUAGAGAUGGUGAUUCGAAACGGUAUGAUAGAGAUAAUGAUUCUCGACGAGACGAUAGGGAUAGUGAUUCCCGACGCAAUGAUAAAGAAAAUGACUCCAGACGGAAUAACAGAGACGGAGAUUCUAAACGUUACGAAGGAGAAACUGAAUCGAGGCGUUAUAACGAAAAAGAUAUCGAUUGGAGGGAUAAACCCAAUGAGAAGGAGGGGGAGAGUAAAAGAAAUCAGGAUCGAGAUAAUGGUCGUUACAAAGACCAAGAUGACCACGGCGGAAGUAAAUCGCAAAAAGGAGAUAAACGCGGUGGUCCCGUGGUAGGCGAUAAAGGAUCUCGUCAAAUAAAAAGCAAUCAGGAUCGUGAUAAAGGGCCACAACACAAGGAUCGACCUAAAGAUGUUAAAAAGAGUGAAGAAGGGAUGAGAUUACCAAAAUAUAAGGAGGCAGUUGCACCCGUAAGAUAA